UUUCGACAGGAUGCUUGCAGAUAAAUCCGGACUCCAUGAUGCUGUUUUGAACAAUGACCCGGAAGCUGUGAAUAAGUUGCUGGGGGAGGAAACAGAUGUGAACAGUUUAGACAAGGGUGGUAGAACUGCGUUGCAUUUGGCAGCUUCGUAUAAUAGCAUAAUUAUAGAAAAACUGUUGUCAGUCACAGGUGUUGAUACUAACAUAUCAGAUGGAGUGCUUAAGUGGACACCGCUGAGGUACGCUGCCAAAACGAGAUCAUGGAUGGCUGUGGACAGCUUGUUACAGGGUGGCGCUGACGAUAUUGUGCUUAAAGUGUUUUACCAGGACCAGGAGUGGAGACGGGCAGCACUAUGGGAAUGUGCACAGAAGGGACACAGAAACCUGUUGGAGUUCAUAAUGAAUUCCGGAUUUGAUGUUAAUGACGUUGUAUCGCAUCCUGAAUAUAAUCAUCGUAAAUUACCUCUUCUUCAUAUAGCCUCACUGUAUAGCCAAGAGGAAGUUGUAAGACUUCUUAUUGAAAGGGGCGUUGAUAUUAAUGUUCGCAGCUUCGACAAUGAAACUGCUCUUCACUUCGCUGCUCAACGUGGUAAUGUAGAGAUUAUGACGUUAUUAGUAGAUGCAGGAAUGUCUGUCAACGAGACGAGUACAGGCGACGAAACUCCGCUUCACGUCGCAGCUCGCCAUGGUAAUCUGAGAGCAACAGAAUUUCUAGUCGAAAGAGGCGCUGAUUUAGAGAUAGCUGACACAAUUGGCCGGACUCCGCUGAUGUUGGCUGUAUCUCGUGGCAAUGUAGAAGUAGUUCGUUAUCUUACAAUGAAGGGAGCAGACGUAAAUUCUUGCACCGAUGAUGUUAUCGCUUUGCUCUUGGCAACUGACGGGGCACAUUUGGACGUGAUGGAUUUCUUACGUUUACAGGGCGCGGAUUUUAAUGGCAGCAAUGUUGAAUGAGGUACAAUUCCAUUAAAACUUGCAAUUGUGAAGCACAACUUUUAGACAGUGAAGUACUUGAUAGAAAGAGGCGCUCAUGUCAAUUUCUGUAGUCGUGAUAUCUGCAGAUCAUCAACUGAAUUCGCAAUGCAUU